AGACGGAGCAAACAAGAACCUCCUAUGAUGAGGAUUGUUGUUCUGGGUUCGAGCGUGUCAGAAAACAGUCUGGUGGGAAACUUCAUCUUAGGACGAGCAGCGUUUGACAGUGAAGCUCCUCCAGAUGUUGUAGAGAGAGUCGGAGGAAGACUGAAGGACAGACACUUGAUGCUCAUCAACAGUCCUCAGCUGCUCCAGAGGAACAUCUCAGAUCAUCAGAUCACACAGACAGUGAGAGAGUGUGUGCAUCUGUCUGCUCCAGGACCUCAUGUGAUCGUGCUGCUCCUCAAUCAUGAGCCGUGUUCAGCAGAAGAUCAGGAGUGUGUGGAGAAGGUGCUGCUCUCUUUCUCUGAGCAGGUAUAUCAACACACCAUGGUGCUCAGCACACAAGAGCCCACAGAAACCAGUGAUAUCCUACAGAACAUCAUUCAGAAAUGUGCAAACAGACACUUCAGUCUUCAGAGGAGCAGCUCUCCUGAUGAUCUGCUGCAGACGCUUGAGCACAUUGAGAAGAUGAAUGAAGGACUUUAUCUGCACUGUGCUGAAGCUGCACAGUGUUUCACAAUGGAGCAACAGAACACAGAGAGACUUUCAGAAGGUGUGAAGCUGAAUCUGGUUGUGUGCGGGAGCGACGGCACAUUAAAAUCCUCUGUAUCAGAUCUGAUCCUGCAGCAGACAGACAGAAGAUCAGAUGUGGAGCUUCAUGGUCGUCUGAUCAGUGCAAUAGAGCUUCCUGCUCUGAUCCGGCUCUCAGAGGAGGAAGAGAUGCGUCAGACUCUCCGCUGUGUGUCUCUCUGUCAUCCUAGAGUUCAUGCUUUCCUCCUCGUUAUUCCUGACGCUCCUCUCAAUAAUGAAGACAAAGCAGAAAUGGAGGAGCUCCAGAGGAUCUUCAGUUCAAGAAUCAACAAACACAUCAUGAUCCUCAUAAUGCAGAGCUCAGAGCAUCAGACAGCAGAACUCAGUGAAGAAACACAGUCUGUCAUUGAGAGGUUCGGAGGACGACAUCAUUUCUUUGGUCCCAAAACACAAGUGUCCUCGUUGAUGGAGAACAUCGAGCAGAUGCUGGAAGAAAACAGAGGAGAGCAUUUCUCCACAGAGAUGUUUCUGGAGGCGCAGAUGAAGAAACUGAUGAAAUAUGAAGAGAUGAAGAAGAAAACUGACUCACUAGAGAUGCAUUUACCAUCACAAGGUUCAUCAGAGAGUGAAGAUGAUCUGAGGAUUGUUCUGCUGGGAAAAACUGGAGUGGGGAAAAGUGCAGCUGGAAACACAAUCUUAGGAAGAGAAGCGUUUACAGCAGAGACAUCUCAUGAGUCUGUGACUAAAGAGAGUCAGAGAGAAUCAUCUGAAAUCAACGGGCGAUGUGUUUCUGUGAUCGACACUCCAGGACUGUUUGAUACUGAACUCAGUAACGAGGAGAUCCAGAGAGAAAUAACUAACUGUGUCUCCAUGAUCCUGCCUGGACCACAUGUGUUCAUCAUUGUGCUCAAUUUAGGACAACGAUUCACUCAAGAAGAGGCAACAGCUGUGAAGAUCAUCCAAGAGACGUUUGGUGAGAAAUCUUUAAUGUUCACCAUGGUGCUCUUCACCAGAGGAGACGAUCUGAAGGCCAAAACCAUUGAACAGUUUCUGGGAAAACCAGGAUCUCCUCUGAUGAAGCUGAUUGAAGCGUGUGGAAAUAGAUUCCAUGUGUUCAAUAAUAAUCAGACUGCAGACCGAACACAGGUGACUGAUCUACUGCAGAAGAUAGACGACAUGGUGAAAGAAAACGGAGGGAGUUUCUACUCAUGUAAGAUGUUCAGAGAGAUGGAGAGAGAAAAACAAGAACAACAGAUGAAGAUCCUGAUGGACAGAGUCAGAGAAAGAGAAGAACAGAUGAAGAAACUAGAAGAAGAGAAAGAGAGAAUGAAGAUGAUGAUGGAGGAAGAACGACAGAAUCAGGACAAAGAGAGGAAGAGAAGAGAAGAGGAACUGAAAAGAGAAAUAAGAGAACAAGAGAAACAUCAGAGAGAGACACGAGACGAGAUGAGACGAGAACGAGAGACAUUUAGACAAGAGACAGAGGAAAUGAAGAAAGAAAAAGAGAAACUGCAGAUCAAAUAUCAGACAGAAAUACACAAACUGAUGAACAGAAUAGAGAAUGAAAGACAGAAUCAUGAAACAGAGAGAAAGAAAAGAGAAGAAGAGUUUAAUGAGAGAGAAGAGAGAUAUAAAACUCUAAUGAAAGAGAAAGAGAGAGAGAUGAAAGAGGAGAUGAAGAGAGAACGAGAGGAAUGGGAGAAACAGAAACUAGAGGAAAAGAGAAGAAGAGAAGAAGGAGAGAUGAAAGAGGAGAUUAAGAGAGAACGAGAGGAAUGGGAGAAACAGAAACUAGAGGAAAAGACGAGAAGAGAAAAAGAGGACGAGAAAAGAAGAGAGAAAGACAAACAGAUUCAGAGACUGCAGAGUGAAAUGGAGGGAAUAAUCAGAGAGAAAGAGAGAAUAGAAAGAGAGAGACGAGAACAACUGGAGGAUUCAGAGAAGAGUCUGAAAGAAGAAAGAAAGAUGAGAGAAGAUCAACAGAAGACUCUUGAAGAGAAACUGAGACUCCUUGAAGAACAGCAUGAAGAUGAACUGAAGAGAAGACGAGUGGAGUGGAGACAGGAAUAUGAGAAAGAGAAAGAGGAGAUGAAGAAGAAGAUCAGCUCUGAAACUGAUCAGGUCACAGCUUACAGGAAAAUGGAGACUGAAUACAGCGAGUGGUCCUGGCAUCUUCGCAGUGCCAUGAUCAAAACUGAGAACAAACUAUACAACAAAAUAGAAAAUGAAGUGAUUCAUGAGAUUGAGGAAACUGAUCUUCACAGAGAACUAAAGAAGACAAGUGAAGAAGUGAAAAAAUCAAUGUCAGAAUUAUUUGAGAAAGACAGAGAUGCAGAUAAACUGAUUCAAUGGAAAACAUCAUUUGAAAUCAAAAUCAAAGAGCUUCAGGAAAACAUUGUGAGAGAAACAAAGAGGAGAUUAAAUGAGGUUCUUCAGCAGCGAGACAUGAAGAAAAAGAUUGAUGCUCAGAGAGUGUUUUCAUGAUGUGUCCUCUAUGAAAAGAGGAAACAUCUCGCCUUAAAACUCAGAGACAAAACAAAUGAUGAAGAAACACUGAAGAAAGAUUUUGAUUUGUUUUGGGAACAGUGGAUGAAGAAGAUCAUCAGAGACAUUCCUGCAGUCAGAGACAUUGACAUAAUGAGAGAUGUGAGAGAGAUACUCAGUGACAUCUAUGUAAGUCUUCCUGUAGAUCACUGGAGGGAGAGCAGGGAUAUUUUCACUGUGCAGCGUUAUUCAGGUUAUGUGAGGGUUAAGAGAUCCAGAGGAAUUACAGGAGCUUUUACAAAUGCCAUCAGAUCAGCUCAAGAGAUGUUGGGUUUUAUUCUCUCUAGAGAGGAUGAAGUCCAGAUAAGAUCAUUAGUCACAGAUGUUGCUCAGCAGACAGACAGAAUGAUUCAGUCAUUUAACAUUUCAAAGAUGGGCUACAACAUCAGCUGCAUUCAACAACUCACAGAUUACAUCAAAGCAAGAGUAACAGAACAUCAGGAAGAACAAGUGAAAUAUGUGUUUGAGAAUGAAUUCUUCAAGGAUUUGGUUCUGUCCAUCUGUAAGAGAUCAAACAAGAAGAUCACUGACCAACACAGACUGUUCAGAGAAGCCAAUGAUCCUGUCCUCUAUUUGGAGAAGAAGAGAGAAGUGUACUAUAGUGUUUUCAAGAAAUACUGUCAUGGAGCUGCAUCAGCUGCUAUUUUUGGAGAAAUCAUCUGUCAGAAAGAAGUCAGUCGGUACAUCACUGAUAAGUUCAGUGUCAGUGUUUUACACAAGAUGAAGAUGAACAUUGAACUCCUGCUGCAGAAGAUCAUGAGAGCAGCUCGUGAAUCUACUGAACAUGUUCAAGUGAACAGAGGAGAUGCUGGUUUGUGGUUGAAGAGAUUCUCACAGCAGCUCUCAGAUGAGCUGAUCUUCUCUGAAAAACACCUCAGUGGACUCAAACAUGAUGAUGUUGAGGAUUUCAAACUGCUUGAAGAGGUGAUAAGAGAUGAACUUCCUGCUAUAGUGUCUGACAUCAGCUGUAGAUUCAACACAAAGACAUUUCCAUUAAAGCUGGACUACAAAGACAGACCAGAUGAGCUUCUGAUUGAUCACUUCUGUCAGUGCUGUUGGGUUCAGUGUCCGUUCUGUAAAGCUAUCUGCACAAACACCACAGAAAACCAUCCUGGAGAUCACAGUGUUGCUUUCCACAGAGUGAGAGGAAUUAAUGGCACAUGUUAUAAUUCAACACAAAAUCUCUGUACUGAUAUUUGCUCAAAUAUGGACGCAAAUAAUUUUAAUUUUAAUUCACCAGAUGGAAGAUGUGUUUGGAAGAAAAUCAAAAUAGCAGGGGCUCAAAAUGCCAUCUGGAGCAUCACUCCUGGCCUCUCUAAUGUAAGCUACUGGAAGUGGUUUGUGUGCAGCUUCCAGAAAGAUCUGGAGAAAUACUACAAUAAAACAUUUGUGGGGAGUGGUGAAAUACCAGAUGAAUGGAGACGAUACACAAAACAAGAUGCUAUUGAGAGUUUGGAUGAGUACAUCUAAUGUAGAAGAUAAAUUGAGACUCUUGCAUCGUUGAGUGUGACACUCCAUCUGCUGCUCUUUCUCGUUUUUACAUUUUAUGACUCUGUGCCUGUCCCUACUAAUUACAGACUGUUAUAUGUCGCUGGUUUAUGACCGCCAAACACUUAAAUAUUUGCAUGUCUAUCGACUCUGCCAAGAGAGACAUUGGUGUGCCUCAUUGAUUUCCCCUACCUGACAAACAAACAUUAUCUAACAUAUCUUACAAACAUUAUCUAACCAAAAUAAUGAGAAUUGCAUAAAAUAAAGUAAAUUAAAAUAAAGUACUUUAUAAAAUG